GUAGUCACGAGAGUGUGAAGAAAUGUGGUGCAAUUAUAUGAACCAUUCGGUACUGUGUAGUCCGUGACUCUGUGCUUGAACGCUAUAAAAUGCCUCUCCCAGUUUAAGUAGUGUAAAACUUCAAUCCGUAAGUUUCAUAUAGCCAUCUCUGGCUCAAGUAGUUUGACAGAAAUGCAGUAUAUUACAAACCUGAUCAACAAAAGGAACCUCGAGCGUGGAGAUCAUAUUUAUGCUUACAGAAAAGGUUACUUUUACACCCACCAUGGUUAGUACUGGUAUCUUCGUUGGGAACGAUACAGUGAUUCACUUUAACAGAACACAAGAACGAGACGCAUCGAGAGGAGGUAGGCCAUGCAGAAAGUGCGGGGUUGACAAAGAUCACCUCCGAGGAGUCGUCAAGUCCUGCGUCGACUGCUUCCUCAAUGGCCGCCACCUCCACCGCUUCCGAUACAGUGUUGGUCCCAUCCGCUUCGUUACCAACGUUGUAGGCACCUGCACCACCGGCAAUGCUGACCCGCCAGAUGUGACCAUCAGCCGCGCCAAUGGCCUGUUUGACAGGCAAGAUUUUGGGGACUAUGACUUGGCUCUGAACAACUGCGAGACCUUUGCGGUGUUCUGCAAGACGGGGGUCCGCAGCAGCGACCAGGCUCGCUCGGCUCUAUCGCUGAUUGAUGCGGCGCUUGAGAGGCUUUAUAAUGAUGUGUUGGUUCAUCACGGCCAGGAAAAGCUCAACGAGUUAAUGCAGGUGAUUACCAGGUUUCUUGGUGAUGAGCCGAGUCAACAGGGCGUGGGGAAGCUCAACAAGUUCAAGCAGAAGAUUGAUUGGUAUCGCGCUAAUAGGUGGUCGCCUGACCAGAUCAGUGACGGUUUAAGAAAUCUUGAAAUUGAUCAGGGGGAUCAUUAACGCAUGAUCUCAUGGGCGCUUGAAUGUUGAGAUGAUUUGAAAUUAAGGAGCUAUAUAUGAGAUCCAAGGGGGUUGGUUGAUUAUUAUUGUUUAGGUAAUGGAGUGUUAUUCUAUGUAUGUGAGUUUCUGUAUUGGUCUAUUAAGGGUGUUAUGAUAGAGGAAGCAAGGAAUUUGCUCCACUCUAUCAAAGAGUCGGAAUAACUAGCAGCAUAUGUAAUUUGUAUUUCAGUUUCUUUAUUGGUCUAUUAAGUGUGUUAUGAUCAAGGAAGGGAGGAAUUUACUUCACUCUUUAUCAAAGUAA